CACUUGAGACUUUACGUCAGAUUACAGUUGAUGGGCCUGGCCUGGCCUGGUGUCUGUUUCCCAAAACCCAGCCUCCUGACGUAUCAAAAGUUUAAUGGCCGUGCUUCUCAACAGCAAAUCAAAAGUUUAAGGAUAAUCAAAUAAAGCCUCUUUCCACGACACUCACCAAUUUGAAACGACAAGCCGCCGCCUUAACUACAAUAUUAUGCAAUGGUCCCUAUAUAAAAUUCCACUCUGUCGUCAAUGCCGGCAUACCCACAGGAGUCAAAAACCAAAUACAUAAUGCAGAAAAAUCGCAAACGAAAGCAACAGAAACCGGCAGAAACUGAAACGGAAGCAAAAUCAGCCAAAAUCAUAAAUGGCAUCAAACAGGACCCAUAUCCAACUCACUCUCGACCCACACCCGAAGAAUGCCGAACCAUACGAGACUCUCUGUUGGCGCUUCAUGGCUUCCCUCAAGAGUUCGCCAAGUAUCGUAAGCAGAGACAGGAUUGCUCCAUUCAAAUUGAUUGUGAUGCUCACUGUGGUGUGAAAUCAGAGCCGGAAGAGAGCGUUUUGGAUGGUUUGAUUAAAACUGUGCUUUCACAAAAUACUACCGAGGUUAAUUCUCUAAGAGCUUUUGCUAAUUUGAAAUCGGCUUUUCCCACAUGGGAAGAUGUACUUGCAGCUGAAUUUAAAUGCAUAGAGAAUGCCAUACGAUGUGGAGGUUUAGCUCCAACAAAAGCGUCAUGCAUUAAGAAUAUAUUGAGUUGCCUGAUUGAGAGAAAAGGCAAGCUAUGCUUAGAAUACCUUAGAGAUUUGUCAGUUGAUGAAAUUAAGGCUGAACUCUCUAAUUUCAAGGGAAUUGGGCCCAAAACGGUAUCUUGUGUUUUGCUGUUCCAACUUCAGCAAGAUGAUUUUCCUGUGGACACACAUGUGUUUGAUAUUGCAAAGGCCAUUGGCUGGGUGCCUGAAGUGGCAGACAGGAACAAGACAUACCUUCAUCUAAACCAACGGAUUCCAAACGAGCUCAAAUUCGAUCUAAACUGUCUUCUGUUCACGCAUGGUAAGCUUUGCCGUAGAUGCACCAAGAAAGGGGGCGGCCGGCAAAGAAAGGAAUCCCGUGAUAACUCUUGUCCUUUAUUAAAUUACUGCGAUAACUCUAGUGUUAAGACAAUCAAUGAAGUGAAUUAAUGAUAAUCUGCACUGCUUUGAGUGGUUGAAUUCCACUUUUUCUUUAAAAAGAGAAUGCUUUUCUCUUCUGUUAUCUGUUUAUCUAGAAGAUUGUGGAUUAUUGGACCACGUUUGGUGGGCUUAGCAAGAAAUAUCAGAUUGAGCUUAA